AUGAGGUACACAUAUUAUUUGUACUUUGCACUUCCUUACAUCCCUAUCAUUAGUAAAACACGAACCUUCCUCACAUUCAAGCUCGCGAGGCAGAAUGUUAUCACCAAGCAGAUUUUAGAGGCUUUCAUACAAAAGAAGUUAGGACUCGCCAGUACUAACCUAAGAGCACCUUCUAUAUUUGACAUCCUGCCAGCGAAAAAACCGGAAGAUAGAACGACGAGGCAGUCAUCAGAACAAAGCUUAAAAAAUCCUCCAGAAAGCUCUGGAGAAGUGAUGGAAGACUCAGAAAUGUUAGAUGAUUCUGAAAUGACAGAUGAUUUGGGAACGCCAGAAGAUCCGGAAAUACCCGAGACACCUGUACAUUAUGCAGAAGACGACAGCUUACAGAGCGUCGAGAGUGAACAAAUAGACUCCAUAUAUUCUGAAGGUAUCAUU